CUCAUUGGUUUCUCACUCAAGUUUUGUCUUUUUAUAUAAAUCAUCAAGAUUACAGAUAAAAAGAUAAAGUUCUCUAGGAAGCGGAGCCAACGUCGCCGGAACCAAAAUGAAGAUCAACGAACGGAAAGUGAGACUCGCGGAGCUGAUUCUGAGGUGUUUAGUGUGUGCCCUCGCUCUCGUCGCAGCCGUUCUCAUUGUUACAGACACUCAAGUCAGAGAGAUCUUCACCAUCCAGAAGAAGGCGAAGUACACCGACAUGAAGGCUCUUGUGUUCUUGGUGGUCGUCAACGGUAUGGCCGCGGCUUAUUCUUUGGUGCAUGCGGUUCGUUGCGUGGUGGGUAUGAUGAAAGGAAGCGUUUUGUUUAGUAAGCCUCUGGCUUGGGCUAUUUUCUCUGGAGAUCAGGCGAUAGCGUACUUGACUGUGGCGGGGCUUGCAGCAGCGGCGCAGUCUGCGGCCUUUGCGAAGCUAGGUCAGCCAGAGCUACAGUGGAUGAAGAUAUGCACAAUGUAUGGGAAGUUCUGUAACCAAGUUGGUGAAGGAAUCGGGGUCGCCUUGCUUGCUAGCGUUGGAAUGGUUUUGAUCUCUUGCAUUUCAGCUUUGGGUGUCUUUCGUUUAUAUGGCGGUAACAAAGCCUGGCAAAGCUCAGCAUCACGGUGGUGAAGGCGAAGGCGAAGGCUCACAGGUCUUAGACUAAUCUUGUUUGUGGAAAUUGUGUUAAAUUAUUGUGGUGUGUUCUCACUUUCUCUCAAUGUGUAUACCGUCUAUUACUAUUGUCAUGGUCUCAUGCACAAAUAAUCAUCAAAACUGUAGUUUGGUAGCGA